AGGAGGCACAGAGGGGAAAAUACCUCUUUAAACAAACAAAAAAAUCUAAAGCAGCCACUAACUUUCCUAUCUUCCCAGUCAAACUCCCAUUUGUUUCAGCUGAACUGCCUACUCAUCUUCAAGCCAUCAUGAGCUGUAAGAAAAACAGGUCACAGAAGGUCUCCUUGGAUACAAGGAGAAAUACGAAAAUUGUGGACUAUUUUCCUCAGGUCAAUAAAGAACAACAGGAUAAUUCCAGUGUUCCUCAAAUGAAGAAUGGCUCCAGAAAAAGCCCACAUCAUGUAACUAAUACCCAGGCUCAAGGACCCAAAGACCAGGCUAUAUCCCAAAAUAAGGUACUUGACAUUACCUUAGAUGUACCUCACAGGAGAAACAAACAAAUGAAAUACCAGAUCACAUGUAAUGAGAGGCAUACCUUAUCAACAGCACUUGACACUCUUCGGGUUGUCAAAAAAGAGAGAGAAACUCAGCAAGGCAAAGAAAUGCUGGUGCAAGGCACAGAAGGAAUUGAAGGCUACCUAAACCUUGGAAUGCCCCUCAGUUGUUUGCCUCAAAAUUGUCACCUGGGAAUUACAUUUGCCCAGAAUAAAAGUAAGCAGAAUGAAAAGAACCAGAUAUCUGGUCGGCAUGACAAGCCAUCUACUGAUUGUGUCAAAUUUUUUAUCCACGCAAUUGGAAAGACAAGGAAAAGGAUUGUCAAAUACAGGAAACUUCACAAAGAAGGGGUCAAACUCUGUGUCUAUGCUUUCAAAGGAGAAACCAUCAAAGAGGCUGUGUGCAAGGAUGGCAGAUUUCUUUCCUUUCUGGAGAUCGAUGAUUGGAGACUCAUUUUAAACCUGGACUCCAUUGUAGAAAACACACAGUGCGUCGAUGAGCUAGAGGGCAAGCUCUUCCAGGUUGAGGUUCAACAAAGGAGGACGCCUAGGGCAGCAGCCACUCAGAGCCGUGAUUUGGCAACCACUCAGAACUAUGGUGUGGUAACCACUCAGAGCUGUGAUUUGACAACCACUCAGAAUCCUGAGUUGGAGGAAAGAAACACCUCUGUGUCGAAAGGAGUAAGUGUGGCCCUGUACCCUAGUUUGAAAAGAGAAAUGACAAAAAUUAGAGAAAGCUUCAAGAAAAAGAUUAAAAAUAGACAGGGGAAGAAAUUAUAUCUUGCACAUAAAACAUACUUUGGGAAACUGACAAAAAAUGCUACUCCAGUUAAAAUGCUCAAACUUCUUUCUCAUCUCAGUGACUCAGUUGGGUACUUGUCAUGGGACAACAAUGGAAUUCGGGGUUGUGCCACCUGCUUUGUUUUUAGAGGGUUGUUUGUUUUCACUUGUCGACAUGUAAUACAGGACAUUGUGGGAACAGGAAUAGAGCCAAGCAAGUGGGCAGACAUAAUUGGCCAAUGCGUGAGAGUGACGUUUGGUUACGAAGACAGCCACGAAACAGGGGACUACUUUUUUGUCAGGCCUUGGUUUAAGAUAUCUGAUGAAACUCUCGAUUAUGCUGUUCUGGAACUGGAGGAAAAUGGACAGCCAGUACCUUUGGGACUAUAUAAUGGAAUUGGUCCUGUGCCCCUUAGUGGGUUGAUAUAUAUUAUUGGCCAUCCAGAUGGAAAGCUAAAGUUGGCUGAUGGUUGUGCUGUAAUCCCUCAGGGUCAGCGAGUACAAAGAUAUCAGCAACAUUUUCCGUCUCAGGAUUCCAAUGAGUGUAUGCAGGAUUUCGAUGAGCAUAUGGAAUAUAUCCAUAUGUUCACUCAAAGAAGUUUCGAGGAAAUGGCUCCCAGAACUGAUGUGAUUACCUAUGACACCAGUUUUUACUUUGGGUCAUCUGGCUCGCCAGUAUUUGAUUCAUACGGUUCAUUGGUGGCCAUGCACAGUGCUGGCUUCCGUAAUUACUACCAUUCUGAAUUUUCCAGUAUCAUUGAGUUUGGCCCUACUAUGGAAGCCAUCCUCCAUGAUAUUAAACAAAAGCAUAGAGCCUGGUAUGAAGGCACAUGCAUAACUCAGCAGGAGGUAGAAAUGGUGUGUGAUGAGGAUUGAGGACAGUGAGAAUCCCAUCUAUUUCCAAGCUUUAAGGGAAUUAGCUAUA